UGGUGGAUUCCAAGGUUCGGCAGCACCUCUGGGCUUGCCGGGGUCUUCCUCCCUGGGGCCAUGUCUUCCUCUGAUGAAGAGACUCUCAGCGAGAGGUCCUACCGGAGUGAGCCGUCCUGCAAGAGUGAACGGUCGUACCGCAGUGAGCGGUCUGGCAGCCUCUCUCCUUGCCCGCCAGGGGAUACUUUGCCCUGGAACUUACCUCUUCACGAGCAGAAGAAGCGGAAGAGUCAGGACUCCAUUCUGGAUCCAGCAGAGAGAGCUGUUGUCAGAGUAGCUGAUGAACGGGACCGGGUCCAGAAAAAGACCUUCACAAAAUGGGUGAAUAAGCACCUGAUGAAGGUGCGCAAGCACGUCAAUGACCUCUACGAGGAUCUGCGAGAUGGUCACAACCUCAUCUCCCUGCUGGAGGUCCUUUCGGGCGUCAAGCUGCCUCGAGAAAAGGGGAGGAUGCGCUUCCAUCGCCUGCAGAACGUGCAGAUUGCGCUCGACUUCCUCAAACAGCGACAGGUGAAACUGGUGAACAUUCGUAACGAUGACAUCACCGACGGGAACCCGAAACUCACCCUGGGUCUGAUCUGGACGAUUAUCCUUCAUUUCCAGAUCUCUGACAUCUACAUCAGCGGAGAGUCAGGGGACAUGUCCGCUAAAGAAAAGCUCCUUUUGUGGUCACAGAAAGUAACGGCUGGUUACGUGGGAAUCAAGUGCACCAACUUCUCUUCCUGUUGGAGCGACGGGAAGAUGUUCAACGCUGUCAUCCAUAGAUAUCGACCAGAUCUUGUGGACAUGGAGAGAGUGUACAUUCAAGGCAACCGAGAGAAUCUGGAGCAGGCCUUUGAGAUUGCUGAACGGCUGGGGGUCACCAGGUUGCUGGAUGCAGAAGAUGUUGAUGUCCCUUCACCAGAUGAAAAAUCUGUUAUAACUUACGUGUCUUCAAUUUAUGAUGCCUUCCCCAAAGUCCCGGAGGGAGGAGAAGGAAUUAGUGCCACUGAAGUAGACACAAAGUGGUUAGAAUAUCAAACCUGUGUGGACACACUCAUCAGCUGGACCAAGCAGCAUACGAUACAGAUGUCUGACAAAUCUUUUCCCCAAAACCCUGUAAAGCUCAAGGCACUUUAUAAUCAAUAUAUCCACUUUAAAGAAACAGAAAUCCCAGCAAAACAGUUAGAAAAAAGAAGCAUUGAAGAGUUAUACAAAUUGCUGGAGGCCUGGAUUGAAUUUGGCCGUCUGAAGCUGCCGCAGGGCUACCACCCCAACGACGUGGAGGAAGAAUGGGGAAAGCUGAUCAUAGAGAUGCUGGAGCGCGAGAAGCUGCUUCGACCGGCUGUGGAAAGACUGGAGCUGCUGCUGCAGAGAGCAAACAAGAUUCAGAAUGGGACCCUCAGCUGUGAGGAAAAACUCACCUUGGCCCGGAACACGCUGCAGGCCGAUGAAACACACUUGGAGUCGGGCCAGCCAGUGCAGUAUGAAUCCGACGUCAUCAUGUACCUCCAAGAGUGUGAGGGACUCCUCCGACUGCUACAGACGGAUGUUCAGAUACUCCGGGAUGAGAAUUAUUACCAGUUGGAGGAGCUGGUCUUCAAGAUUGUGCGGCUUCAAGAUGAAUUGGUAACUUUGAGGCUGGAAUGUACCAAUCUUUACCGGAAAGGUCACUUCUCCUCCCCCUCCUCCUUGGACUUGGCACAGCCUUCCUCCUUGAGCACUAGACACUUGAAGGCGGAACCUUUGCUAAAAGGAACGAUUGCCACUCCUGCCUCUACCUCCUGGAUUCGGAAGCCAAUGACUCGUGUGGAGUUGGUGGCCAUUUCAUCCUCUGAAGAUGAGGGCAACCUCCGCUUUGUGUAUGAGCUGCUCUCUUGGGUAGAAGAAAUACAGAUGAAGCUGGAACGAUCUGAAUGGGGGAAUGACUUGCCCAGCGUGGAAGCCCAGCUGGAGGUUCAGUGCCAAGUUCACAGUAGUGUGGAAGGCAUGGGCUCCAGCGUGAAGGAGGCCAGGAUGUACGAGGGUAAAAUGUCUCCAAAUUUCCGAGCCAGCUACACUGAGACCCUGGGGAAACUGGAGAUGCAGUACUGCAAACUGAUGGAGACGUCCAGCUUCCGACUACGCCACCUCCAGAGUUUGUAUGAGUUUGUAUCACAAGCGACAACUGAAUUAAUUUGGCUAAAUGAAAAGGAGGAGGAAGAGCUCGCCUAUGACUGGAGUGACAACAACCCUAACCUGACAGCAAAGAAGAAUUACUUUUCAGAGUUGACAGCGGAACUGGAGGAGAAGCAGGAGAUCUUCCAUGCUCUGCAAGAUUCUGCUGAGCUGCUCUCGUUGGAAAAUCAUCCUGCCAAGCAAACAGUGGAGGCCUACAGUGCUGCAGUUCAGACGCAGUGGCACUGGAUCAAGCAGCUGUGCUUGUGUGUGGAUCAGCACUUGAGGGAGAACACCGCCUACUUCCAGUUCUUUGGUGACGCCCGGGAAUCUGAGACGUUCUUGAAGAACCUCCAGGACAGCAUCAAAAGGAAGUAUUCUUGUGACCGCAAUACCAGCCUGACCCGCCUGGAGGACCUGCUUCAGGAUUCCAUGGCACAGGACGAGAAGGAGCAGCUCAUCCGGUCCAAGAGCUCGGUGGGCAGCUUAGUGGGAAGGUCCAAAAGCAUCGUCCAGCUGAAGCCCAGAAACCCCGAGUGUCCUCUGAAGAGCACCAUCUCCGUGAAGGCGGCCUGCGAUUACCACCAAAUCGAGAUCACAAUCUGCCGCAAUGACGAGUGUGUGCUGAAAGAUAAUGCUCAGCGAACCAAAUGGAAAGUGAUCAGUCCUGCUGGGAAUGAGGCCACGGUGCCCUCCGUCUGCUUCUUGGUUCCCCCUCCCAACAGAGAGGCCAUUGAAAUGGCCAGCAGAGUGGAGCAGCUCUACCAGAAGGUGAUGUCCUUGUGGCACCAGCUGCAUGUCAACAUGAAAAGCCUGGUCGCCUGGAACUAUUUGAGGAAGGAUAUCACUUUGGUGCAAAGUUGGAACCGGGAGAAGCUGCGGGUUCUGGCCCCAGGAGAAUGCCACCAUGCCAUGAAGAACCUGCAGAUGCACUUUGCAGACUUCUUGGAGGACAGCCGAAACUCAGAGAUCUUCUCCCUGGCAGACCAGCUGCACCUCGAGGAAGAGGUCGACUCGUGCAAAGAGCAUUUUCAGCAGCUUUUGCAGUCCGUGGAAAAUGAGGAUAAAGAUGAGACUGCUUCUCAGACUUACCUCUCUGAGCUCAAGAACAUCCGGCUUCACCUGGAGGAAUGUGAGCAGCGGCUGGUGGGCACCAUCCGGACACCAAGCAGCACCAGAACCGACGGGGAUGCUCUGCAGGAAAACACUUUCCGAAUGGCUGAGCAGGAGCGCCUGAAGGGAGAUUUGCACCAGUUGAGAGUCGACAUGGAUCAACUGACUGAGAGAUGCAACAUUUUUUUGCACAAGUCUCCCACGGGAUCAAGUACCCCACAGCUUCGUUCUGAGCUGAACCUGCUGGUGGAAAAGAUGGAUCAGGUCAAUGGGCUCUCUGCAGUCUACCUGGACAAGCUAAAGAUGGUUGACGUUAUCAUUCAGAAUACGCAAGGAGCUGAAUCCUUGGUCAAAGGCUAUGAGGUGAAACUGAGUCAAGAGGAAGCUGUGCCUGCGGACCUCAUCGCCAUCCAGUCCCACCGAGCCACCUUGCAGCACUGGAUCAGUGAAGUGAACACCAAGAAUGCCGUCUUUGCAACCUUGGAGGAUGACUUGGCAAGGGCCAAGGUGGUAGCGGAGCAGCUGUACCGCUUGAAGCAGGAGCGCAGCCUGGACCUGGAGCACUACCGGGAGAAGGGGGCUCAGCUGUGGGAUCGCUGGCAAAGAGUCAGCCUGCAGAUGGAGACUCGAAAAUCUGAGCUGGAGAAUAUUGAGGAUGUACUCAGGGAUUAUCGGAACUGUCACAGGGCCCUCGUACGGUGGAUUGAGCAGACCACCGUCCAGCAGGAGCUGAUGAAGCCUGGGCAAGCAGAGGACAGCCGGGUGCUCUCUGAGCAGCUCAGUCAACAGAUGGCUCUGUUUGCUGAAAUAGAAGCAAAUCAAGCUAACCUGGACCAGUGUCAGAAGCUGUCUCAGCAAUAUUCAGCUGCUGUCAAGGAGUAUGAGUUGCAGCUCAUGACCUACCGUGCAUUUGUGGAAUCUCAGCAAAAAUCCCCUGUGAAGCGCCGGCGUGUUCUUUCCUCCUCCGAUGCCAUCACGCAAGAGUUCAUGGAUUUACGGACACACUAUACAGCCUUGGUCACAUUGACUACGCAACAUGUGAAGUACAUAAGUGAUGCUCUCCGGCGCCUGGAAGAGGAAGAAAAAGUUGUUGAGGAAGAGAAGCAGGAACACCUGGACAAGGUGAAAGGACUCCUGGGCUGGGUCACAAGCUUCAAGCAGAGUCCACUAUUCAGAAGCAUCUCACCCACAAAGAGGAAAAUGCUGGGAGAUAUUGAGAAGUCCAUUUUGGAGCAGCAGGUCUUGAAUGAAGAAUUGGCUGCAAAGAAGGAGGAAGUUUCAGAAGCUAUAAAAACUACUCAAAUAUUUCUUGCAAAGCAUAGCAACAAGCUUUCUGAUCAGGAGAAGGUGCAGAUUUCAGUCCAGCUGGAUGCUCUCAAAGAAACUUAUGACCAGCUCUGCUGUGAUUCCACAGAACAGCUUCAGCAGCUGCAGAAACACAUGGCUCAGGAGAUGGCACAUAAGGGAAAUGAGGCUAUUGCUGGAGUGCUAGAUCUUGGCACAAUGGAAGUCUCCUCUAUUUUUGACGCCAUGCAAAAAGGUCUCCUAGACCAAGAAACAGGUCUUCUGCUCUUGGAAGUUCAGGUGAUCACAGCUGGUCUGAUGGUUCCCAAAGCCAGUGAAAAGCUCUCACUGGCAGAAGGCCUGACAACAGACAUAAUAAAUGGCAAGAUCUACCAACAUUUAGAGGAACUGCAGGAUGCUGUCGAGCUGAUCAAGAACGUGCAACUCAAAGGUAGCCCGUUUCAUCCUGUUGUUGCUGCCAUCGAAAAUGGAAUCAUCAGUGAAACUGCUGGGCUAAAAAUAGCACAAAUACAGCUUCUCACUGGAAGCUUUAUAGAUCCUUCCAGCCAUGAACAAAUUGAUUUAGAAGAUGCUCUUCAAAAAGGCAUCAUUACCAAUCAUUUUCAUGAAAAGUUGGUAUCUUGCUUGAACUCUUGUGAGGCUUUGACUGACCCAAAUUCAGCUGAGAACAUUAGCUUCAAUGAUCUGAUGCAGCAGUGUGUCCCUCACCAGGAGACAGGAUUGAAAUUGCUCCCAAUAAAACAGGUGCCAGGUGGGGUGGUGAGCUUGCAGUCAGGUCAAGAAGCAAGCAUCCUCUGUGCAGUUCACGAAGGACUAGUAGAAAAGGAAGUGGCAAUGGGAUUACUAGAAGCCCGUCUCUUUGCUGGUGGCCUUGAGGACCCCAAAAGUGGUUGCCAGUUAACUGUGGAAGACUCUGUAAGACAUAAUUUAAUUAAACAAAAUCUGGCUUGUGAUCUUCUGGUCAGACAGCUGCAGACUGGUGGCAUUAUAGAUACAGUUACCAGAGAGAGAUUUUCAUUAGACAGAGCGAUAAAAGGAGGCCUGGUGAAAUCAAGGCUUGCAGUGAUGAUCCUGGAAUCCCUUCAUUCAUUUGUAGGACUUGUGAGGCCUGAGUCAGGAGAGGUUGUGCCUGUUAUGGAUUCUCUGGAGCAAGGUAUCCUAACUUCUGAGCUGGCUGAUAAAAUUUUAAGAGACAGGCAAAAUAUCAAAGCACUUUUUAUAGCAGAGACUAAUGAAAUCCUUUCGUGGAAGAAAGCUGUCGAUUGUGGAAUCUUGAAUAAAGAUCUUGCCAAAAAAAUAAAAUCAACCUGCCUCCCUGACUUCAUUCCAGGGAUGCCCCUUUCUGACUCCUCAAGUAGCUUCCAAAGCAGAAGCUCUUCCUCUGCUCCACCAGUAGAUCAUGGAGAACAAAACCAGGGUCCCUUAAGAAGCUGUGAAGAAAGGAUGUUGCUCUAUUUGAUGACUCACAGCUGUGUAAACAUCCACAAUGGUGAAAAAUUGCUUCUGGUAGAUGGAGAGUUAAGCAGUCUAUCCGAAAUCCUUGUGCCAGCAGAAGAAAAUGGCUCUAGCAUUGACCCUUUAGAAGCCAGCAAAAUGCAACCCCAAGAAUGGCAUGAGGAUGUUGGCAGGAAUGCCACAAUUGAAGAAACUGGAUCCUGCAGUGAAAUAAUUUUAAAUAAACUUAAUUCAUCUGCAUCAGAAAAGAAACAGGAACAAAAUGUGCAACACCACAUUUGUCUGCCUAGCAAAAGGAUUGAACUGGAAAUUGGAGAUAUAAAUGAAUGUGUGAAUGUGAAGGAACAAGAAACAGAAGCUACUCUUGCAGGAGACUUAAAAAGUGAGAUGGAUGACCCGAGAAGAGAGCCAGGUUUGAUGAUGAUACAGAACAAGAGUCACAUGGAACUGCAGGAGUGCAAAUCCAAUUUUGAAACUGAAUCUAGGAAUAAAGAAGUCAAAUGGGAAGAGGCAAAGCGUGAAAAACAACUACCAGAAGAGGAAAAGAUGACGUUGGAAGAGCAAGAGAGAGAAAUGGGAAAAGGGGAUGUUAGGCAAGAAGUAGAGUUGACUGCUGAUAGUUUGGAAAAGAUGGGAAAAAUUCACAUUGUAAUAGAUAACGUUGUAGAAAAGGUGACUCUUGCAGCAGUAGAUAGGAGGCCAGAGGCUACCAGCUGGUCAAGCAUGGGGAAAGUGCAAAAUGGAUCAACAGAUGGCCUUUUGAAUCGAGCUGAAGGGAAACCUGUAGAUGGACAUAUAAAGAGAAAGCAGCUGGCCACAGACAGAAGAGCAGCUCCUGCCUAUCCAAGUGCUAGUUCUGUAUUGCCAAAAUUAUCUGCAGAAGACAGCCCUCUGAAUGUGUUGCUGACACAGCUGCAGGAAGGUGGCAUAAUUCAUGAGCAGACAGGGAAGAAAAUGCUCCUGGAUGAGGCCAUUGCCUGCGGAGCUGUGUCCAGCCAUACGGCCAUUAAAGUGAUGGGUGAGAUGAAAAUGUUUAGUGGCUUCUUUGAUGCAGAGACCUCUGAGUCAUUAACCACUGAAGAAGUAAUCAGUGCAGGAUUGAUGGAUGAGAAUCUUCUCCAGAAGGUAUUAGCUUCAGAUCAAGCCAUAAGUGGUAUUAUUGACCCAUGGAACAAAAGCAUUUACUCCAUCAAGGAGGCAUCUGAUUUGGGGCUAUUGGAUAAAGAAACUGCCACCAGAAUUUUGGAGGCACAAAUAGUUACUGGAGGAAUUGUUGAUUUCAAGCGUGGCAAAAAAAUGUCAGUCACUUUGGCUUCCAACCUUGGCCUAAUACACAGAUCCACUCAAGAAAAUCUUAAGAAACUGGAGAAAGCAUAUAAGGGCAAAUAUGCUGAAGACACAAUUAAAGAAAAACUCAUUACUCUACAGGCUGAAAUAGGAGGUAUCUUGGAUCCUAAAACUAAAGAACCACUGACCAUUAUUCAGGCUGUAAAAAAGGGAUAUCUGAGUGAGGAAAAAGCCUUUAGACUCCUAACUAAACAGAUAGCCAACGGAGGCAUCCUUCACCACAAGACUGGCAUGAGACUUUGCGUAGAGGAUGCUAUGGAACAUGAAUUGAUUAAUGAAAACCUCUACCAAGAUCUCAAAAAGGCAGAAGACAUAUGCCUACACCAUUCCAUUUAUCCUGAAAUGAACAAAAUUGUGUCCCUACCCCAGGCCAUAUCCCAUGGAUUAAUCAGUUCAGAUUUUCAAAGCAAAGUUCAAGAAAUACAAGCCUCAACUGGAAGUAUAUUUGAUCCUGUUGUUGGCCAGAAAAUUACAUUGGCUGAAGCUAUUAAGAAAAAAUUAUUAUCCAAAUCAGUUGUGGGACAAGCAGUAAUUGCCUCUGAAAUGAAGGAAGCUAUUCUUUAUCCAGGAAGCUGUAGAUUGGUCCCAUAUUCAGAAUUUGUCAGAAGGAGCAAAAUUGACAUUGAGUCAGGGCAUCGAUAUUUAGAAGUUACUCCCUUUGAAGACAUAAGAGAUGAGGUGACUGGGAAUGUAUUGUUGUGUUCUCAGGCAGUUAAACUUGGCAAAGUAGACCCCAUGCUUGCUUUGAGAUUGCUGCAGGCUCAGGCAGACACAAGUGGCAUCCUGGAAACCUCCACUGGCCAAAGACUAUCACUGGCAUCUGCUGUGGAAAAAGAAGUGCUGGAUGAAGAUACAGCUAAAGUCAUUGCUAUGAAUCAGAUUUUGACUGGAGGGAUUGUUAGUGCUGAGAGUGGAAAGCGGGUAACCUUGAAAGAGGCCACUGAAAAAGGGUUAAUCAGCCCCAAAUUAGCCAGUGCAAUUCAAGAAGCUGAUCCAAUCACCAAUGAAUGUGGACGUGAUUUAGAAGAACCUAAAGGCCCUGAGCCCCAGAGGUUGCUGCAAAAUGCUGCCUCAAAGCCUAAAACAUUGGCCCUUUGUAAAUAUGCUAAUAGUGAAGAACAGAGGGCGCCAGCUGAAGCAAUGGACUCUGGUGCUUCUGCCAAUGCUGGCCUUGGCUCAUUGAAGGCAGGUGGGAAGAUGGUGACAGAUGAACCUAUUCCCCCUUCCCCUUCCCCUGUCUCAACUGCGGGCAGCUCAUUCAGUGAGUUUUUAGAGGAGAACAAAUUGGCACCUGAGCUUGCCUUCAUGUUGGACCCAGUUGAAGACCUGAGACUAAAGACUCAGGAAAAAAAUAGUAAGAAGAAAAAUAAAUUGAGGAAGAAAGAACUUUUUAGAGGAGAGCUAGAAAGGCAAACCAGAAGUAAUCAAGAGGCUGAAAAGAUACUGGAAGGAAAUUUCCCUCUGGACAGUAGCACAGUUAACGGAGACCGGGAGCAAAAAGAAAAAACGUUUCAGCUGGAAGAAAGUGCUCGUGUAUCCCUUGGCCUUGGAAUGGCUGGUAGGACCCUGUGCAUAGAACCUGCAGAGGGGCAGGCAUCCAAAGAACUCAGUUCUGUCAUUCAACAAAAGAAAGAAGACGGUGAUAUACAUUUUCAAGGCUCUACCAAGAUUAUGUCCAAGAAGCAGGCUGAUGACAAAUUGCUUCGGGGUGCCAAAAUGGGGCUACCAAGUCAAGAUUCAGAAUUAAAAGCUCAUGAACUCAGCACUUUGGAAAGUAUUGACUCAAAAAACAUUAAGAAGAAGAAAGCAAAAAAGAUUAAGAAACAGAGCGCUCCCUCGUCAAAUUCCAGGGACACCACUACGACAAGAAGAAUCAAGGUGGAGUUAAUCCCUAGCGCUGCAGAAUCCUUGCAGGAAAAUCCAUCUGGUGGGGUAACAAGCCCACUUAAAGAAGGUGAAGUUAAAAGGCAGGACCAUCAGGUAAGCAGGAAAGAGAAGCAGCAUGUUGGAGCUGAAGAGAACAUUGUAGAUGACAGGAAAGUGAAUAUUGCCCAAAAGAGAGAGGCAUCAGAGAAGGUUUCUGAACAAAAGGCAAGACUUUACAAAAAUUCUUUGAUAGAUACCAUAGAAGAACAAAUAUUGCUUAAAAAAAAGCAAAUUUCUUUUAGCUCAGAAGAGCAGGUACUCAAGGUAAUGGACUAUACAGAAUCCUUUGGGUCUUCUGAGUCAAAACCAGAAGAUCUUCAGAACAGAAAAAAUUUAGAGGACAAGUUAAGUUCUUACUCCUCUGUGACAUCAUUCAUACAAGAAGUGGUCAAAGAAGUACCUGGAAAAGAUGAAAGCAUUGGUCCUAAAGAGCUGUCCAUGUCUUCAGAAGCAGAAGAGUCAUGGCGAGAAAGUGGCGUUGUUGGACCAGAGGGACAAAGGCUACAAGACAGGGAGUUUCCAGAAAGUAAAAAUGAUUCUUCUGGAGAGUUAUGCAUGCAGCAGGAAUCAGAAGGAAUCAGAGAAGUUGAAAAUGUUGAUGCUUCUUCCUGCAUGGUUGAAAAUACAGAAGAGAAAUGUCAAGAUGCUUCCACAUCCACCAAGGCGCCAUCGAGCAAAGGGCUUUGCCUGAACUGCGAGGAAAGGCUGGUUGCGCUGCUCUCCAGUGUGCGGAGCAUUGAGAUGCGCACGCAGAGGGUUCAGCUGAUGGAUCUGAACCUCCCAGAGCUGCAAGAGCUGCUUCGCCAGGCUGAGGCCUUGGAUGGGGAGCUGAAGGAUCUGUCAGCGCCUGUGAAUCAAGAGCUGGAAGCCGUGGAAGGGAUUGUGGCCAGCUCUCCUCCAGAGAUCCCGGAGCAAUUAUUGAGGGCUUUGGAGAAAGACGCCAAGAACCUUUUGAAGUCUUUUGACUCUGUCAAUGACAUCCUGACAUCUUGGCAGCUAAACCUUCACACUGCAGUAGAAGCAGAAAAGGCUAAAAUCCAAAUCCGGCAUGGCGAACUCCAUGGCAGAUUGCAAGGGUUGCUAAAGUGGGUGACAGACACCACCCAGCAACUCAGUGGCCUUGAAUCCCACGCUGUGACUGAGGCCGGCAGCUGGACCCCCUACCUUCAGAGAUACAAGGAACUGGCAAAGCCCCUCACAGAGACUAAAACUCAUCUUGAUGAGAUGGCCUUGAAUAUCCAGUUCUUCGUUUCUGAGCACGGGCAAGACUUGAAUACUGAGCAAAGUGGGCAGCUGCUGAGGCUGCUGAAUGACCUGCAGAGGUCUUUUCUGGAGUUGUCCAAGAGAGUGACCACCCGCACUGAAGUCCUGCAGACACUGCAAGAACAACAAGCCAUACGAGACCACAAGCUGCAGGAGAUGUGCACCUGGAUGGAUCAGGCAGAGGCCCGUCUGCAGGGUUCCCAAGCAGCCACAGCAGGGGCAUCGGGAGAAGACCUCUCUGCCCUGGAACACAGCCAGAAAGACGUGACCGACUUGCGUUGGAGCCUACACAGCCAGACUGCUUCCUUUACGAGUGUCUUGAAGGCGACAGAGGACUUUCUGGAGGAGAACAGAAUCAAGCUGCCCCCUGGAGAGCUGGAAUCCCUGCAAGAAAAGCUCCAUCAGGCUCAGGGGCAGUUUCUGUCUCUGCAGGAAAGGGUGGAGGCCGCCCAGAAGGAGCUUCAAAGUGCUGUGAGCUCUGUAAUGCAACAACAGACAGAAAAGGUUAAAGUGAUCAAAGACUUUGAAGAAAAUCAGAGUAAGAUUGAAUCCCUUCUACAUUGGGUGGCAUCAGUGAAGAAGUCUAGAGGGGUCCCAGAAGAUAAAUUGUGGCCAGUGGGAAAAGAUGGUGGAAGACAUGGAGGUGGAGAAGUCCAAGAUGCUCCUGAUGGCCAUUGGUUGGAAAUUGUUGAAAAGAAUCUUGAUUUGCACUACACAAGUUUGAAGCUCCACCACCAAGAGUUCCUUUCUCACCAGCAAGAUGUCAUUCUAGCCACGCAGUCAGCCCAGGCUUUCCUGGACAAACAAAGCCACAACCUUACACCUGAAGAGAAGCAGAAUCUGCAAAGAAGGCUAGAAGAGCUGAAGGACCAGUAUGCUGCUUCCUUGUCUCUCACGGAGGGGCAGCUCAAACAAGCGCAGACACUCCAGGAUGAGCUGCAGAAGUUUUUGCGGGACCACCAAGAGUUUGCAGCCUGGCUGGAACAGGCUGAGCAAGACUUGGAGAAGAUCUAUGCAGGAGAUGGCAGCCUGGAGUCCCUUCAGCCUGUGCUCCUCCAGCAGAGCAGCUUCUCUGAAGAUGUGAUUUCCCACAAGGGAGAUUUACGUUUUGUCACGAUGUCAGGGCAGAAAGUGCUGGAUGCUGAGGAGGCUGUGAUUGCUGCAAGUGGAGGGGAGCCGUGCCCUGAGAUAUUAGCCACCAGCACAUUAGUGAAGAGCAAACUGGAAGACGCCAACAGGAGAUAUGGCAGCCUCCACUCUAAGUGCUCUGCUCUCGGCCUCCACCUGAACCUCCUGCUGGAUCGCUCCCAGCAGUUCCAGGAUGUAGCAGGAUCUCUCCGGUCGUGGCUGCAAGAGAGCGAAGAGGCUGUGACCCGCCUCCUGCUGGAGCCCAUCUCCUCUGAUCCGGCCAUUUUGCAAAGGCAACUGGUUAGCGCCAAACACCUGCAGGAGGACCUUGCAGAGCAUCAGGUGCCUGUAGAAAAGCUUGAAAAAGCUGCCCAGUCCCUCUUGGAAAUACGGGAAGCCCCAGUUCCUGACCACAGAGGCAUCCAGCAGAUCACAGAUUCCACUGUGAGCCGAUUCCAGAGCCUUUUGUGUCGGAUGGCCGAGCGCUCAGAUCUUUUGCAGAAGUCCAUUGCUCAAUCUCAGAGUGUCCAAGAGGCGUUGGAGAGCCUCCUUCAGUCCAUGGCUGAGAUUGAGGAAACUCUCAAACAGGAGGAUGGGUCUGUAUUCUCCUCCAUUUCCAUCCAGGAGGCACUUGCUACAAACACGAAGCUCAAACAAGACAUUGCCAGGCAAAAGAGCAGCUUGGAAGCCACCCGUGAAAUGGUGACCCAAUUUAUGCAAACAGCUGACAGCACCACCGCUGCCACCCUCCAGAGCAAGCUGGCGGAGGUGACCCAGUGCUUUAGCCGCCUGUGGCAGCAGCAGCAGGAGAAGGAGGACACCUGGAAGAAGGUCCUCCCCCAGGUGGAACAGUACGAGCAGCUCUCGGAGAAGCUGAAACAAUUCAUGGAGAGCCGAGGGCGGAUGCUGGCCUUGGGAAACCAACCUGAGCGGGACAUUACUCACUUCGCCCAGCAGAUCCAGGAACUGAAUUCAGAGAUGAAGCAGCGCUAUGAGGAUCUGGACAAACUGGAACAUUUAACUACAGAGAUAAGCUCUUGUGGGCUGGUGUGGACUGGCUUCUCCUCACACCAAGAAAAGGUGCGCAGUUUGCGGAAAGAGUUCACUCAGCUGCAAAAAGCCACAAAGGAAAGGGAAAAAGGAGCUUCGUCUUGUCAAGAACAGUUGGAUGUAUUCCGAAAACUGGUUCGGUCGCUCAGGCAAUGGCUGGAAGAAACAGAGAGGACUAUCCCAGCUACUGAGACUUCUUUGGGCACACAUGAAUUGGAGAAGCGGAGGCAGCAAACAGAGGUCUUUGUGGAAGAAUGGAUAGCAAAAGGGGUUCUUGUGGAGGAGAUAAACCAACGGGGGACAGCCUUGGAGAAUUUAAUCAUUGAGAUUACAGCUCCAGAUGCACAAUCCAAGACAGGUGCUGUGCUCCCUGCUGGUGGUAGUUCAACAGGCAGUGUAAAUGGAUAUCACACCUGCAAAGAUCUGACGGAGAUCCAGUGUGACAUGUCAGAUGUGAACCUACAGUACAGAGUGCUGGGUGCUGCUUUACGGGGGCGCCUGGAGCAGCUCUCGGCCGUGUUGGACAAGAUGAGGGAGGCCCAGGAGGAGGUGAACUCUGUGCUGACAUGGUUGGAGGAGAAGGAGCAGGCUUUGAAAGUCCUGGAAGCUUCCUCUUCACCUACAAAAUCAGAAACAAUGAGAGCUCAGGCAGAGCAUAACAAGGCAUUUCUGGGGGAUUUGGAGCAGAACGCUGUGAAGGUCCAGGCAGCCACGGAAUCGCUCUCUGGACUUCUGGAGAAAUACCCUGACUCUCCAGAAGCAAGAAACUGGAAGAGGAUGUUGGAAGACUUAAAUUCCAGGUGGACACAUGCCAAGCAGGUGACAGAGGAACGGCAGCAGAAGCUAGAAAAAUCAGCCAAUGAACUGGCAAGUUUUCAGGAAGCGGAAGGCCAGCUGAGGCCCUGGCUGAUGGAGAAGGAGCUUAUGAUGAGUGUGCUGGGACCACUGUCCAUUGAUCCUAAUAUGCUGAAUGCCCAAAAACAGCAGGUUCAGUUCAUGCUGAAGGAAUUUGAAGCUCGGAAGCACCAAUAUGACCAGCUGAAUGAGGCAGCCCGGGGAAUCCCCACCGGCCCUGGUGAAAAGUCUCCAUCCCACAGCCACGUGCAGGAGGAGCUCCAGGCUAUCAACAGGAAGUGGACCAAGCUUAUGGAACGUCUCAACUCUCGUUCCAGUCAAAUUGACCAGGCUGUGGUCAAGGGCACCCAGUUCCAAGAGCUGCUCCAGGGAUUGUCUGAGAAAGUGAAAGCUGCUGGACAGCGCCUGAGCACCCAGCCUGCCAUCAGCACCCAGCCAGAGGCUGUGAAGCAGCAGCUGGAGGAAACCAGCGAAAUCCGGUCUGAGCUGGAGCAGCUGGAAGAGGAGAUCACAGAGGCUCAAGCCCUGUGCGAGCAGCUCUCGGUUCUCAUUGGAGAGCAGUACCUUAAAGAUGAACUCAGGAAGCGCCUGGAAACGGUCGCCUUGCCUCUCAAAGGGCUGGAGGAUUUAGCAGGUGACCGGCUGAAUCGUUUGCAGACGGCGCUCGCCAGCUCCCAGCAGUUCCAGCAGAUGUUUGAUGAGCUCCACGCUUGGCUAGAAGGCAGACUGAAUCAGCAGGCACAGAGUGGGCCAAUCUCAGCCAAGCUGGAGAGGCUGCAGUUCCAGAUUCAGGAGCAGGAAGAAUCCCAAAAGAGCCUGAACCAACACAGUGGCUCCUAUGAAAUGAUUGUGGCCGAGGAGGAAUCUUUGCUUCUCUCUGUUCGUCCUGGGACAGAGAAGGCAACCUUGCAAAGCCAGGUGGUUAGCUUGAAAACAAACUGGGAGGAGCUGAGCAAACAAAUUGCGAGCCGGCACGCCAAACUUAAGGACUGCUUGCAGAAGGCCCAGAAAUAUCAGCGCCAUGUGGAAGACCUUUUCCCUUGGGUGGAGGAUUGUAGGUCAAAGAUGUUAGAGUUAGAAGUCACUCUGGAUCCAGUGCAACUGGAAGCUGCUCUUCUAAGGUCAAAGGCCAUGUUGAGUGAUGUAGCAAAACGACGCUCCCUUCUGGAGAUGCUGAAUAGUGCUGCUGAUCUCCUCAUUGAUGCAUCAGAAAUGGAUGAAGAUGACAUUAGAGACGAGAAAGCAGAGAUCAACCAGAAUAUGGAUGCUAUAACAGAAGAGCUCCAAGCCAAGACCGAGUCCCUUGAAGAGAUGUCUCAAAGGCUUAAGGAGUUCCAGGAAAGCUUUAGGAACAUUGAAAAGAAAUUAGAAGGGACAAAGCACCAGCUGGAGAUCUAUGAAGCUCUUGGCCCUCAGGCCUGCAGCAGUAAAAAUUUGGAAAAACUGAGAGCUCAACAGGAGGCUCUUCAGGCCUUGGAAGCCCAAGUGGAUUACCUCGGGAACUUCACUCGGGGUCUCGUGGAAGAUACUCCACAUGGAUCAGACUCUUCCCACCUCUUACGCCAAGCUGAAAUUGUCCAGCAAGAUUUCAAGGGGGUGAAGCAAAAAGUCAAUGAAUGUUGUAAAAUCAUGGAAAGCAAGCUUGAAGGAAUAGGACUGUUUAACAAUCAUGUUCGGGAAAUGUUUUCUCAACUGACUGACCUAGAUGAUGAGUUGGACAGCAUGGGCUCUGUUGGGAGGGACAUGGACAGCCUCCAGUCCCAAGCAGAUGAUGCCCAUGAAUUUCUGGGCAAACUUCAACGGUUAAGAUUGGAUAUCCAAGCUUCUGAAGAGAAAUGUAGACAGAUGUUGGACGAUGAAGGGAGUCCUGAUCUCAUAGGGCUGAAACGUGAACUGGAGACCUUAAAGAAGCAAUGCAUCAAAUUGACUGAAAGGGGGAAAAGCCGCUUGGAGCAGGUGGAUACCACACUGGCUCGUGUGAAAGACUUUUACAACAAACUGAAGGAGCUAAACUACAUGACCACUGCAGCAGAAGAGGGUGAAGCCCUGCAGUGGGUAGUUGGGACCGAGGUGGAGGUGAUCAACCAGCAGCUGGCAGAUUUCAAGCAAUUCCAGAAGGAGCAAGUUGACCCUCUUCAGUUAAAGCUGCAGCAAGUCAACAGGCUUGGACAAGGGCUGGUCCAGAGUGCGGGGAAGAACUGUGAUGUCCAGGGCUUGGAGCAUGAUAUGGAGGAGAUCCACACCCGGUGGAACACCCUCAACAAAAAGGUGGCCCAGAGGAUUGCCCAACUGCAGGAAGCCUUGCUCCACUGUGGGAAGUUCCAGGAUGCCCUGGAGCCUUUGCUCAGCUGGCUGGCUGACACUGAGGAGCUCAUCUCCAACCAGAAGCCACCAUCGACAGAAUACAAAGUGGUGAAGGCUCAGAUCCAGGAGCAGAAGUUGCUGCAACGUCUCCUGGACGAUCGGAAAGCUACUGUUGAGAUGAUCCAAGCAGAGGGUGGCAGAAUUGCCCGGUCAGCUGAGCCAGCAGACAGGGAGAAAAUCACCGGCCAGUUGAACAGCCUCGGAAGCCACUGGGCCAGCCUCCUCAGCAAAGCUUCAGCCAGGCAAAGUCAGCUGGAGGAGGUCCUGGUUUUGGCCAAACAGUUCCAUGAGACAUCAGAGCCCAUCUCUGAGUGGUUGUCGGCGACUGACAAGAAACUGGCCAAUUCUGAGCCCCUUGGGACUCAGACUGCCAAAAUCCAGCAGCAGAUUGUGCGGCACAAGGCACUAGAGGAGGAGAUAGACAAUCAGGCCACGGCGGUGACUCAGGUGGUCAGCAUUGGCCACUCCCUGGCCUUGCUAAGCUGCCGUGCUGAGCAGGCCUCCCUGGCCGAGAAGCUCGACCUGCUUGAGUCCCGCUACGCUGAGGUUUCUGACCGAUGCAGCCGGAAGGCUGCCCUCCUCGAUCAGGCUUUGUCCAAUGCCCGGCUCUUUGGGGAGGACGAAGUGGAGGUGCUCAACUGGUUGGCUGAGGCUGAGGACAAGCUCAGCUUGGUGUCCAUCAAGGAUUACAAACGAGAGGUCCUGCAGCAGCAACAUUCUGGGCAGCUGGCUUUGAAUGAUGAGAUUGUGAACCGCAAGAAGCAUGUUGACCAGGCCAUCAAGAACGGGCAGGCCCUCCUGAAACAAACUACAGGGGAAGAAGUGCUACUUAUCCAAGAGAAAUUGGAUGGCAUCAAGACCCGCUACUCGGAUAUCACCGCUGCCAGCUCAAAGGCUCUCCGUACGCUGGAGCAGGCACGGCAGCUGGCCACCAAGUUCCAGUCAACACACGAAGAGCUGACGGGCUGGAUGGGUCAGGUGGAAGAAGAGCUGAUGUCUGGGGGAGGACAUUCCCCCACCGGCGAGCAGAUCCCUCAAUUCCAGCAAAGGCAGAAGGAACUAAAGAAUGAGGUGAUGGAACAUCAGAUUAUCCUGGACACAGUGAAUGAAGUCAGCCAUGCCCUCCUUGAACUGGUUCCUUGGAGAGCGCGUGAAGGACUCGAUAAGCUGGUCUCGGACACCAACGAGCGGUAUAAAGCAACCAGUGACACCAUCAACCAGCGGGUGGCAGAGAUAGAUGCUGCCAUCCAAAGGUCUCAGCAGUACGAGCAGGCAGCCGAUGCGGAACUAGCCUGGGUUGCUGAGACCAGGCGGAAGCUGUUGGCACUCGGUCCAAUUAGACUGGAGCAGGACCAAACCACUGCCCAGCUACAGGUGCAGAAGGCUUUUUCCAUCGACAUCAUUCGUCACAAAGAUUCUGUGGAUGAACUGCUCAACCAACGAACCGAGAUUUUGGGAACUUGUGGAGAGGAGCAGAAAGUCAUGCUGCAGGAGAAGACCGAGUCUCGUCUGAAGCAGUACGAUGAGACCAGCCACCUCCAUUCGGAGCGCUAUGCUCGCCUGGAACGGGCCCAGGUCCUGGUCAGCCAAUUCUGGGAGACCUACGAAGAGCUGAGUCCUUGGCUUGAGGAGACCCAAGCGCUGAUUGGGCAGCUGCCCCCUCCAGCAAUUGACCAUGAGCACCUCAAGCAGCAGCAAGAAGAUAUGAGGCAACUGAGGGAAUCGAUUGCUGAACACAAGCCCCACAUUGACAAGCUGCUGAAAAUUGGCCCUCAGCUGACGGAGCUGAACCCUGAGGAAGGGGCGAUGGUGCAGGGGAAGUACCUUGCCGCAGAGGCCGCCUACUCCCGCAUCAAGGAGGAGGUCCGCCAGCGGGCUCUGGCCCUCGAUGAGGCCAUCUCCCAGUCAACCCAGAUUGCAGAGUUCCAUGAUAAGAUAGAGCCGAUGCUGGAGACGCUAGAGAACCUCUCCUCCCGCCUGCGCAUGCCUCCCUUGAUCCCAGCUGAGGUGGAAAAAAUCCGCGAGUGCAUUGGUGACAAUAAAAAUGCCACCCUGGAGCUGGAGAAGCUGCAGCCAUCCUUCGAAGGACUGAAACGCCGGGGAGAAGAGCUGAUUGGACGAUCCCAAGGAGCAGACAGGGACUUGGCAGCCAAAAACAUCCAGGAUAAGUUAGAUCAGAUGGUAUUUUUCUGGGAAGACAUCAAAGCUCGGGCUGAGGAGCGUGAGAUCAAGUUCCUUGAUGUUCUGGAGCUGGCGGAAAAGUUCUGGUAUGACAUGGCUGCCCUCCUAACCACUAUCCGGGAUACGCAAGACAUUGUCCAUGACCUGGAAAGUCCUGGAAUUGAUCCAUCAAUCAUCAAACAGCAGAUUGAAGCAGCUGAGACCAUCAAGGAGGAGACUGACAGUUUGCAUGAAGAACUGGAAUUCAUCCGAAUCCUUGGAGCCGAUCUGAUUUUCGCCUGUGGGGAGACGGAAAAGCCAGAAGUUAAGAAAAGCAUUGAUGAGAUGAACAGUGCCUGGGAACACCUGAACAGAACCUGGAAGGAAAGGCUGGAGAAGCUGGAGGAGGCCAUGCAGAGUGCAGUGCAGUAUCAGGAUAAUCUGCAGACUAUGUUUGACUGGCUAGAUAACACAGUGAUUAAACUCUGCAGCAUGUCUCCAGUGGGCACAGACCUCUGCACUGUCAAAGAGCAACUGAACGAGAUGAAGGAAUUCAAAACAGAAGUAUACCAGCAGCAAAUAGAGAUGGAGAAGCUGAAUCACCAGGGAGGACUCUUGCUCAAAAAAGCCACAGAUGAGACAGACCGAGACAUCAUCAGGGAGCCACUGACAGAACUAAAGCAUCUUUGGGAGAAUCUGGGUGAAAAAAUAGCUCAUCGACAGCACAAGCUGGAAGGCUCUCUCUUGGCCCUUGGCCAGUUCCAGCAUGCCCUGGCUGAGCUCAUGGCUUGGCUGAGCCACACCGAAGAGCUGCUGGAUUCCCAGAGGCCCAUCAACGGGGACCCCAAAGUCAUCGAAGUGGAGUUGGCCAAGCACCAUGUGCUGAAAAAUGAUGUGUUGGCCCACCAAGCCACAGUGGAGACAGUGAACAAGGCUGGCAACGAACUCCUGGAAUCCAGUGCAGGGGACGAUGCCAGCAGUCUCCGAAACCGCCUGGAGACCAUGAACUCCUGCUGGGAGUCAGUCCUGCAGAAGACGGAAGUGCGGGAGCAGCAGCUGCAGGCAACCCUUCAGCAGGCCCAGGGCUUCCAUGGUGAAAUUGAAGACUUCCUUUUGUGGCUCACCAGGAUGGAAAGUCAGCUGUCAGCUUCCAAGCCGACGGGUGGACUGCCAGAAACUGCUCGGGAACAACUGAACGUCCACAUGGAGCUCUAUGCCCAGUUCAAGGCAAAUGAGGAAAUCUACAGCCAGCUGCUGGCAAAGGGGAGGCUGAUGCUUCUGAGCCGUGAUGAUUCUGGAUCUGGAUCAAAGAUGGAGCAAAGUGUGGCUCUCUUGGAGCAGAAAUGGGUCCUUGUCAGCACAAAGAUGGAAGAGCGGAAGUCCAAGCUGGAAGAGGCACUCAACUUGGCAACCGAAUUCCAGAAUUCCCUGCAGGACUUCAUCAACUGGCUGACCCUUGCGGAGCAAGGUCUGAACGUUGCUUCUCCUCCAAGCCUCAUCCUUAACACUGUGCUCCCCCAAGUAGAAGAGCACAAGAGUUUUGCUAACGAAGUAAACGCUCACCGGCAUCAGAUCAUUGCUCUGGACCAAAGCGGAAACCAGCUGAAGUUUCUGAGCCAGAAGCAGGAUGUUGUCCUGAUCAAGAACCUCCUUGUCAGCGUACAGUCUCGCUGGGAGAAGGUUGUCCAGCGGUCAGUUGAAAGGGGACGGGUUCUAGAUGAUGCCAGGAAGCGGGCAAAACAGUUCCACGAAGCUUGGAAAAAGUUGGUGGACUGGUUGGAAGAUGCUGAAAAUCAUCUAAAUUCUGAGCUGGAAAUUUCCAAUGAUCCAGACAAAAUCAAAUUGCAGCUUUCCAAGCACAAGGAGUUCCAGAAAACCCUGGGAGGCAAGCAGCCUGUUUAUGACACCACCAUCCGCACUGGGAGAGCCCUGAAAGAGAAAGCUCAUUUCCCUGAUGAUACCCAGAACCUGGAUCAUCUCCUGGGGGAAGUCCGGGAUAAAUGGGACACCGUUUGUGGCAAAUCUGUGGAGCGGCAGCACAAACUAGAAGAGGCGCUUCUCUUCUCUGGGCAGUUCAUGGAUGCCCUGCAGGCCUUGGUGGACUGGCUCUACAAAGUGGAGCCCCAGUUGGCCGAAGACCAACCUGUCCACGGGGAUCUGGAUCUGGUCAUGAAUUUAAUGGACGCUCACAAGGUUUUCCAGAAAGAACUUGGCAAGCGGACGGGAACCAUCCAGGUCCUCAAGCGCUCAGGCCGGGAGCUGAUUGAGAACAGUCGGGAUGACACCACCUGGGUGAAGGUGCAGCUUCAGGAGCUUAGCAGCCGCUGGGACACAGUCUGCAAGAUGUCUGUCCUGAAGCAGACACGGCUGGAGCAGGCCUUAAAGCAGGCUGAGGAGUUCCGUACCGCCAUCCACCAGCUGCUGGAGUGGCUCUCGGAGGCCGAGCAGACCCUCCGCUUCCGGGGAGCUUUGCCCGAUGACACGGAAGCUCUGCAGUCGCUCAUUGAUGUGCAUAAGGAGUUCAUGAAGAAAGUGGAGGAGAAAAGGCUGGAUGUGAACUUGGCGGUGGGGAUGGGAGAGAUCAUCCUGUCUGUGUGCCAUCCAGACUGCGUCACCACCAUAAAACACUGGAUCACCAUCAUCCGUGCUCGAUUCGAAGAAGUUCUCACGUGGGCAAAGCAGCACCAGCAGCGGCUUGAAGUGGCGCUUCGGGAACUCAUGGCCAAUGCAGAACUGCUGGAAGAGCUUCUGGCGUGGAUCCAGUGGGCAGAAACCACGCUGAUCCAGCGGGAGCAGGAGCCCCAGAAUAUCGAGCAGGUCAAGGCCCUCAUUGCAGAGCAUCAGUCCUUCAUGGAAGAGAUGACCCGGAAGCAGCCAGAUGUGGACCGUGUCACCAAAACAUACAAGAGGAAAGCGACUGAGCCAGCUCAUGGCCCUUUCCUGGAAAAAUCCCGCAGCAACAGAAAGCCCUUGAACCAGGUGGCCCCUCCUCCCCUGCCAAUCCUCUCGCAGUCUGAAGCCAAGAACCCACGCGUCAACCAGCUCUCGGCACGCUGGCAGCAGGUGUGGCUCCUGGCCCUGGAGCGGCAGCGCAAGCUCAAUGAUGCCCUGGACAGGCUGGAAGAGUUGAAAGAGUUUGCAAACUUUGACUUUGAUGUAUGGCGGAAGAAAUAUAUGCGCUGGAUGAACCACAAGAAAUCCCGUGUGAUGGACUUCUUCCGGCGGAUUGACAAAGACCAGGAUGGGAAGAUCACCCGGCAGGAGUUCAUUGAUGGGAUCCUGGCCUCUAAAUUCCCCACAACCAAGUUAGAAAUGACGGCUGUCGCUGAUAUCUUUGACCGUGAUGGGGACGGCUAUAUUGACUAUUAUGAGUUUGUAGCUGCUCUGCACCCUAACAAAGAUGCUUACCGGCCAACAACAGAUGCGGACAAAAUCGAGGAUGAGGUGACAAGGCAGGUGGCACAGUGCAAGUGCGCCAAGCGAUUCCAAGUGGAGCAGAUUGGAGAGAACAAGUACCGGUUCUUCCUCGGCAACCAGUUCGGGGAUUCCCAGCAGCUGCGGCUGGUCCGUAUCCUGCGUAGUACAGUCAUGGUUCGUGUCGGUGGAGGAUGGAUGGCUCUGGACGAGUUUUUAGUGAAAAACGAUCCUUGUCGAGUUCACCACCCUGGGAGUAAAAUCAAACGCUCCGACUCCAGCUCUUCAAUUGCCAGUCAGUCUCCGAUAGCACGAGGCAGGACUAACCUUGAACUUAGAGAAAAAUUCAUUCUGCCAGAGGGCGCAUCUCAGGGAAUGGCACCAUUCCGGUCCCGUGGCCGGAGGUCCAAGCCUUCCUCUCGGGCCGCCUCCCCCACACGGUCCAGUUCAAGUGCCAGCCAGAGCAAUCACAGCUGCCCCUCAGUGCCAUCCUCUCCUGCCACACCUGCCAGCGGGACCAAGACUCCGCAUCACUUCACCCGUUGUUAUGACAAACCCUGGUUGGUAAACAGCAAGGCAGGUACCCCCCUGAGGGGCUGCGAUAAUGCCGACCUCCACCUGUCUGCUUCUGAGGUUGCUCUCUCCUCGGCCAGCAAGUUGAAACGGCCCACUUUCCACUCCAGCCGGACAUCUCUUGCUGGGGAUACCAGUAACAGUUCCUCACCAGCUUCUUCCGGUGCCAAAACCAGUCGAGGUGAUCCUAAGAAAACAGCCAGUCGCCCCAGCAGCCGUGCAGGCAGCCACGCAGGGAGCCGAGCCAGCAGCCGACGAGGCAGCGACGCUUCUGACUUUGAUCUCCUGGAGACGCAGUCUGCCUGUUCAGACACUUCGGAGAGCAGCGCAACGGGAGGGCCCAGCGGCUCCCGGCGGGGCCUGGCCAAGCCCUCCAAAAUCCCCACCAUGUCCAAGAAAACGAGUGCGGCCAAAUCUCCGGGCCCCAAGAGAUAAUACAGCAUUCACGCCAUGUCCAGCUUUGCACAGAGAACGGAAACCUGUGUGUCCAGUUUUUAACCCUGCUUCAUACAUUGGAUGUAUAUUUAUUCUACGUGGGAGAAAUUAUAUUGUUAAAAGUGUAAAAGAAAAUUGUGUUAUGAAGCUGCCUUAUUUGGUUCUCUCUUUUUUUAUAGUUUACUUUUUCAUGUGAAUAUUUAUGUAGAUAAAACUUGCCUUCUUUGCAAUGGGGGCCCAGGGGAAAACUGAACAUGGGAGAGAAGCAAAAGGUCAAUAUGUGAAAAUGUAAAAACAAACAAAUUAUAUAAAUAGGAUUUCUGUGCAGUGCAGGAGAAGUUCCUGCGUUAUCAUUUAGGAUUGUUUCCUAAAUGCAUCUUUAUAAAAAUUAACUUGCUGUUUCAGCAAGAGAAAUUAUAUUUAAAAGCAACAUCUGAAGAUCCAACAUAAGAAAGGAACUUUCUUUUUCUUUCUCCUUGUAAAUCACAGAUACCUCAAUAAGAGAGAAAUGCACAGUGAGGGGGCUUGUUUCCAAUUUUAAAAAUAAAUUCUUAUGGUUUUACCUGAAGAUAGUUUGAAAAUGGACCUUUGCACAUGUUUUUUUGAAUAAAGAACUUCACUACAAUACUGUAUUUUGCAAAAGGAAAGUCCUGUCAGGCUUUCAAAGAACAACAUAUUGUGGGAUUACAACAGCAGAACCAUUGUAGAGGUAAAACCAUGUGGUUUUAGCAGCGAGAGGAUGGGAGGAUCUUAAAUUUGCUUCUGUUUAGCCACAAGAUAACACAGUUCCAAAAGGCAGACUGUGAGUGAAAGAACUGACUUUACGCUUUAGUUCACAGACUGCAAUGAAAUGGCUUUCUUAGGCUGGCUCAGGCCUCUCCAGCCCGCAGGACCCUGCAGGGUCUCUGCUCUGGAGCAGCCAGUGGCCCUUGACGCCCACCACCACAUGCUCCUGGGGAGGUGGAGGAGCAUCACCAGCAGACUCUCUGGCUCUGGACGCCCCUGGUCUUCCUGUAUUUAUUCACUUGUACUCUUGUCCCUGCUCAGACUGACCACGUUGCUGUGUGAUUCUCUCAGUUGGUUUAAUUGAGCCAGAACCGGAAGCUCUACCAAUGAAUUGUUUAAAAACAAACACGUUUUGUAUUAAAAUUGCUUGCAGUAAUAAAA